UUUUUUUUGUUGAAUUAAAAAAAUAGAAUAUAUAAGAACAAAUUUAUUUAGUCCAAAAAAUACAACCACAAAUCGUGUUGUUAAACCAAUAAGUGGUGAUCCGAUACUCAACCAACUGGAUUUAUAUGAUAAAUGGUUAGAUAGACAUAGAGAUAUGUGCAACCAAUGGAAUAAUAAAGAAGAAAUGUUACAUAAAUUAAAAGAUGAAUGGAAUAAAGAAAAUAAAGAACAUCUAUUGUAUACAUCAACUCAUGAUGAUAUUAAUAAAAUUAAUGAUGAAAAUUAUAAUAUGAUUAAUGAAAACACACAAAUAAAUCAUGAAGGUAAUGAUAAAACAUCUGUUGAACAUCUUGGAUCAACAAAUAUUCCUCCUAAUGAUCUUAUAACACACAAUAAUAGUUUUAAAACAAAGAAGUUACGAUCAAAUAUAUCUAUGGAUAUACUUAUGGACGAAAAUAAUAAUAUACCACGUGAUAACGAUUAUUUGGAGAAUUCGUAUAAUUUUUAA